GCAUUAAGAAUGGCCGCAGCUUAAACAAUUUAGACGGAAGCUGUUCUUGUUCUACCUGCUUUGUCCAAAAGGGGAGUGAGGAGACAUGAAGGUUGUAAUGACGGGGAAGGACGGCUAAUUCAACAACGUAACUAAAAUAAGACACAGAGUGUUGGCAGCUCACACGGUGUCACGCGUUCAGAGGACAGCGAAGCAGGAGAAGACUUUAGCAUCUUCGUGGAAGCAUCCAUUUCACAUCAGUUGGUGGAGGCGGUGCGCAUUCUCUCCGUGAAGCGAACGUCGCCUUUUUUUUUUCUUUCCCUCCCUUCUCCUUCCGACCUCACAAGUCAGUUUCCUCGAGCGGUUGGCUCCUCUCUCCUUCCACGGACACACAAGGUGUUUCAUAACCAGCAGCCUGUUUACUUGGCGACAUCGUCGAUAUUUCCCCCCACACGGAAUUUGGAGUGGACGCCAGAACAAAAAAUCAAACAAAAAAAAGGAAUAAACGGGACGUUUCAAGUUUUCCUGGAAGUUGCGCCGUGACAGAAACCAAAAAAACAACAACAUGGGAAUUUGUGGCUAUUGGACUGUGUCGGGGAAAUGCCUGGUGGUCCUCGGACUGAAAUUAUUAUUCCUUGUACCCGCAGGAGUUCCGGCCAAAAGCGGGGAUUCGAUAUUAAAGGACAACAUCACGGUGAGACAAGGAGACAGCGCUGUCUUAAAAUGCAGUGUGGACAGUAAAGUGUCGAGAGUGGCGUGGCUCAAUCGCACCACCAUUCUCUUCACAGGAAAUGAAAAAUGGUCACCGGACCCUCGUGUAAUACUGAUGGAAAAUACCGCGGUUACAGAAUACAGCAUCAAGAUCCAAGAUGUUGAUGUGCACGAUGAGGGACCCUACGUUUGCGCUAUCAUUACAAAUAAGAAACCAAAAUCCAUUAAAGUUCAUCUCGUCGUUCAAGUCCCUGCCAGGAUCACAAAUAUAUCCAAGGACAUCGCAGUAAAUGAGGGCAGCGAUGUCAAUCUCAUGUGCUUUGCGGUGGGUCGUCCAGAGGCGAACAUUAUGUGGCGGCAUCAUUCUCCAAGAGGCACGCAUAAAUUUGUAACAGAAGGAGAACACCUGGAGUUGACAGCCAUUACCAAAGAGCAGUCUGGAUCGUAUGAGUGCAUUGCCUCGAAUGACAUAUCAUCCCCUGACAUCAGGACAGUGCAGGUCACCGUCAACUAUCCUCCCCUAAUUUCUAAGGCAAGAGGUACUGGUACUGCAGUUGGACAAAAAGGAAUCCUUCAAUGUGAAGCCUCUGCUGUUCCACAUGCAAAUUUUGAAUGGUACAAAGAAGAUCGCAGGCUUUUCAAUGGAGUCAAUGGGAUUAAGAUAGAGAGUCAAGGCAAACAGUCAAUGCUCAUCUUCUUCAACGUUUCUGAAGAAGAUUAUGGGAACUACACGUGUGUUGCCAGGAACAUCAUGGGAAUCACUAACGCCAGCAUAAUUCUUUAUGGUCCCGGUGCAAUGCACGAUGUCAACGGCGCAGCCGUUUUGCCUCAAUUCUGCUUUUGCCCCCCGCUGAUGGUGACCUUGCUCUACCUGCUCAAGUUCUGAUAUCGAAAUGUGACGAACCUCCAAGCUUCUCUCCGCAUCAAAUAAGAACAGACUGUUUGCUCUGUAAAAAAAAAAAGUAAAAAAGAUGAAUGAAAACUAGGAGUGGUUCACCUUUUUGUUUUGAGGUCUUUUUUUCAAUUUGUUCUUUUGUAUUGGAGUCUGCUCUCUCACGAGUGUGAGGCAUCAAUCCAAUAAAGGGAAUCAUGAACUAAUUGUAUUGCUGAUAGAAGUACUGAGUAUGUGUCUCUCCCAAUUUUUUGUAAGUGAAAAGGAAAAAAAAAACUGUUAAUAGUUGACUGUUUAUUGCCCAAUAUUGGAGUGCACAUUUUGAUUAUUAUUGUGUAAUGUCUAUGUGUACAAUGCAACUUAACUUUUUUUAAGUAAAUGAUAAAAGGGAAAUGUGAUUGUUGAAUUUGACUGUAUUUUUACAGUUGUAUGCAAAACAGAGUAAGACAUUCUUCAUGAUAAGCAGUUCUGAACAAUUAAUUCUCAGGCAAGUCCUACAACAUAAUGCAUUGAAAUUGUAGUUUACAUAAGAGCUUAGGAAAUGUACAAGUCCAUACAGAAAAAUAAACGUUUGAGUUAGAUGUUUUGUUCAUGAUGUAAUCAUAAAGCGCCGUGAUUGUUUUCUCUCUGCAGGCGUGUGAAUUGAAGAUGUGUGUGCAUAUACACCACGUUUAUUUUUGGGGUUGUUGUUUAGCAACGUGUGUGAUAAGUAACUUGCAGUAUGCAAACCGAAUGUGACAAAUGCAGAUUUUUUUUUUUUUUCAUAUGGAAAAGAAGGGUAAUAAAAAGUAUGGAUUGUUGUGAAUCAUACACUUUAAAUGUUACAGACAUCAGAUUUAGAACACAUUGUGAGAACACAAAUAAUCAGACUAAAAAGUCCUCAAUCUAUAGUAGGGGAAAGAAAUCUAAAAAAUAAAUAGUAGAGGUCGUAGUACAUAAAUAUGAAUGAGGGAUGUAACGAUAUAAAGACUUUGUAUCAGGGUUAAAAGAGAUGUGAAUCUUAAAACAACUCACGAUUUGAUUCCAUUUCUUGGGUGAAAAUACGAUUCAGAAUCAGAAUUCUCGCAAUAUACAUAAUUUGGUAUAAAAAAAAAUAAAACCUUUUAUGUUACAAGUUUUAAAAAAAUUGAUUUUUUAAAAUUGUUUUUAUUUAUUAUUUUUUUUCAAAAUUAUGAAUAGAUUUAGAAUUGGGAUUCGGAUGGGAAUAAAAAUAAUUCAGUACCCCAAAUAGUUAUUGUGACCAAAAUUAUUCACGUUACCAUAUUUAUCUCAAUAUUUUUGAAUGUGUUUAAAAAGUACUUAAUUAGAUUUUAAAAAAUUAAUUCAAAUUAACAACAGACACACAAUAUACGUUCCAUGACAUAUCUUAAGCGCCAUAUCAGUGCUUAAAUAUGUUUAUCUUCCGUUUUAUUUUUAAAGGUUUUAAAAUGUGUUUCUUUGUAACAGGGAAAUACACGUUAGCAUUCAAGCUAGCUAGCAUCUAGCGCACUAGUUGCUUCCGCAGGAAAAGCGCAGAAGUUUGUCAAAGUGCGGUAAUCAAUCAUGGUUUUAAAAUGAUUAAAAAUUGAAUAUUAAUGCUAAUUGUCCGGAAUUUUACCGCAGUUUAUCAUUAUUCUCUGCCCCAAAGUGCUGUACGAAUUAAAAACAGAAAAGGUACAAAAAAAAUAAGAAAAAUCACAUUAAGUACAGAACAUGCUAUUUAUAAAAAUACAGUUAAAUGAACCAGACAAUAAAAUGGUAAAAACCAAAUAAACAGUAGAAGAAACUAUAAAAAUAGUAAAAAGGGAUGAAUAAAAAGUGAAAAAUGUCCAGCUAAGAGUGUUAAACGCCAGCACAAAUAAGUGUGUUUAUUACUGUUAAUGGUUACGUCCCUAAUGUAGGUUUAUUAAACAUAAUUAACACAAAUGAGGAUUGAGUUAUACACAUAUGCUCCUACGAAUUCUAAACAUAGUAAUCCAAUAAUCGUGAAUGAAUGCAGCGUCUACUUAGUGCACAGGCUUUUCCGGUUUUAUGAAUGCACUUUAUGUCCAAGAUCAACCCAAUCUGACCGUGAUAAAUGAACAUUUUGUUUUGUUUGAACACAUUUUAAUGCUGCAUUUUUAUGCAUCGAGACAAAAAAAUGGUUUUGCUGCACAAGUGAGUCAUAAUGUAGGUGUUAUGAUAUCGCCCCAUCGGCCCAUGUGCUUACCUUCAAGUUAGCGUGUUAUGGUAAGAGUAUUCUUGUCAUUCUGUUUUAUGCGCGUCGUGUUGGAGAUGUCAGCUGUAGACAACAAGACAUGGAGAACAGGAAAAGUAGAAAAAUAACCGUGAGAAAUGGAUGUGGCCCUUUUAUCGCAGAUUAUUUCAUGAAAUCAUUUGUUUAUUGUUCUUAUCAAAUGAGAACUGCUACUGGCAUUAACUUAAAGUGUUUUUUAUACUUAAGGUAACAUUAAGAAUGAGCUAAUGUAUUUUCAUUUGUUUGCAGAAUUUAAGUUUACGUACUCAAACUAUACUGUAUUGUCAUUGUUAAUGCAUAACUGUUUUUAAAAAUGUACAUUAUUUUCAAGGAUGAGCACUUUUAUGGCUUGGUUGAUGAAAACCUGUAUGUUUAUUGACAUUGCUGGAGAUUACAAUAAUCACUAUCGUGGUAUAUUGUCAUUGUAUUAUUUUAUUGAAAGUGGUCCAUAAACGUGUUACAUGUAAACUCAAGUUGCCUCCCAUUUGUUUUAACAACUGGCUUUCUGUUCUUGACAGUAUUGGUGUUUUCAAAUUAAAUCAUUGGCUAACGUGAAUACUGACGAAAUGAAAUUAAAUAAGUGCAAAUGUUGGGAACUUUGGAACUUAUGUACACAUGUACUCUGUUUUUUGGUCACAACAAGGAAAGUCAUUAGACAUUUUGAAGAAAUGUAUAUUUUGACAGGCAACAUUUCAAGUAAAUAGCAUUUAGACAUUUCACCAGAUGAACAUGCAAAACUCAAAAUUCCCACAGCUAAUAGAACUGUGGUUCACAAACUUUUUCGCCAAGUACCACCUCAGAAAACCCUUGGCUCUCCAAGUACCACCAUAAUGACCAACAUUAUAAUAUAGUAGUGUAGCAGGCCUAAGUAUUAAUUAAAAACAAGGUAGAGGUUUUAUUUAACAACAAUGUUUAAUACUACAGUAACGUUACACAUAGUUUGAACUGUAAAACUAUAUUUGAAUAUUUAAUUAAGUGAUUAUUUGGUGUACCACUAGAUAGCGCCCAUGUACCACAGUUUGAGAAUCACUGUAAUAGAAUAACUGGGCAAGGUGCAGUGGAGACUAGUUUGUUUCUGAGAAAUCCACAUAUCUUAUUCCACUCAUCCAUGGUCACAAACUUGUUUUAGUGAUUGAAUAAAUGAGAUUAU